UAAAUACUGGCCAUCUUCGAGUCAAUUGUCAUCAGUUGCUCCUUCCAGCAAAUACGAACAACUCCUUUUGGAAAAACAUCCACAACUACAUCAACAACAUGGCCAAGUUUGCUGUUGCUUUGGUUCUCGUUUCUGUCCUGGCUGUUACCCUGGCCAACUCUCAAUAUCAGCAUGGUGGUGAAUACAAGGGCCAUGGCUACCAGCCGGAUGCUCAUCAGAAGAUGGAAUACAACCCCCAACCGUCUUAUGGUUACAAUAUGGGCGGACACAGUUACCAGCCAUCCACUUCUUACGAGCAUAAAGGCUAUGGUGAGUACCAAGCUAAGCCUUACAGCCACGAGAAGAAAGAAUACAACCACCAACCUUACCAGCCGGCUGCUUACGAUAAUAAGGGACAUGGUUAUCAUCAUCAGCCUUCUUCUUACGAGCAUAAUAAGGGAUCCCAUGGGUACGAACAACCUAAAUCUUACGGCCACCACCAAUCGUCCUAUUAAGCAUCAUCGUCACGCAAACACGGCCGUAAUAAUAACGCAUCAGAAUUCAUUGUAACCGAAAGGAUUGUCCUUCAUAAUAGUGUUAAGAUUAUCUAAAUUGAGGAAAGAGUGAUUGGACAUGAUAUUCUGAAACCCGUUUGACCAAUAAAUCGCACAAGAAACAACAAAA